CUUUUAUGAAAAAUACCAAAUGCCGGGGGUUAUUGGUUGCAUAGACGGGACUCAUGUUGCAAUUUUGAGACCCACUGAGCACGAAGAAAGAUAUUUUAACCGAAAGGGAUAUCAUUCGCUAAAUGUCAUGAUAAUUUGUGACAUGGAUUUAAAUAUUUUAUGUGUGGAUCCAAGUCACCCUGGAUCAACUCACGAUUCCACAGUGUGGGGCGAUCAUCCAUUAAAUGAAUGGAUGAAAGAAAAAUACAAUGAAGAGACAAUGUAUUUCCUAGGUGACAGUGGAUACCCAUUGCGAAAAACUGUAAUGACUCCCUACUUAAAUGCACCUGAAGGUUCUGCUGAAGCCAACUACAACACUAAGCAGGUUUCAGCCAGAAAUGUAGUUGAGCGAUGUAUAGGUGUAUUAAAGGCUCGCUUUAGAUGUUUGCUAGCUGCUCGUAAACUCCACUACAGCCCAGUUGUUGCUGGUAAAAUAGUUAACGCAUGCGUAGUGCUCCACAAUAUAACCAACAAAGCCAGGAUUGCAGUUCCAGAAUUAUGUGGAGAAGACCAAAUAGAAGAAUUACAGCGCCAAAUCAACCAUAGUGUUGCGGAACAAGAAUUUAGGACUACUAAUACAUUAAAUCAAAAUGUUGCUGAACACAGUCGCCUUUCUAAUAUAGAACUUCAACAGGGAAGGAUGGCUCAACAAGCUCUUAUUCAAAGAUUGUGGAUAGAGUCAAAUAAUAGUUAA